AUGGAGUCUAAACAACCGCGUAAAAUCCAACUAUAUACGAAAGAAUUCUAUGCCACAUGUACCUUAGGUGGAAUAAUUGCGUGUGGCCCAACGCAUUCUUCAAUCACCCCAUUAGAUCUUGUAAAGUGUAGAUUGCAAGUCAAUCCGAAACUGUAUACUUCGAAUUUGGGUGGGUUCCGUAGUAUCAUUGCCAAUGAAGGCUGGAGAAAAGUUUACACUGGGUUUGGUGCCACAUUUAUAGGUUAUUCCCUACAAGGUGCAGGUAAGUAUGGUGGUUAUGAAUACUUCAAGCAUGUAUACUCCAGCUGGUUAACUCCAGGUGUUACGGUGUACCUAAUGGCCUCAGCUACCGCCGAAUUUCUCGCGGAUAUAAUGUUGUGUCCAUUUGAAGCUAUUAAGGUUAAACAGCAAACCACAAUGCCGCCCUUCUGCAACAAUGUCAUUGAUGGUUGGAAGAAGAUGUAUGCGGAAAGUGGGGGUAUGAAAGCGUUCUAUAAAGGCAUCGUCCCCUUAUGGUGCAGACAGAUUCCAUACACGAUGUGUAAGUUCACUUCAUUCGAGAAAAUUGUUCAAAAAAUAUACAGUGUCUUACCCAAAAAGAAAGAGGAAAUGACCGCAUUGCAGCAGAUAUCAAUCAGUUUUGUAGGUGGCUAUUUGGCCGGUAUAUUAUGUGCUGCGGUCUCACAUCCUGCGGAUGUUAUGGUUUCUAAGAUUAAUAGCGAAAGAAAGGCCAACGAAUCCAUGUCUGUUGCGUCCAAAAGAAUAUAUCAGAAGAUUGGGUUUGCUGGAUUAUGGAAUGGGCUAAUGGUAAGAAUUGUCAUGAUCGGUACUUUAACAAGUUUCCAAUGGCUGAUUUACGAUUCGUUCAAGGCUUACGUGGGCUUGCCAACCACAGGUUAG